AUGCCCGCGCUGAGACUUCCCCUGGAAAUCAAGAUUCAAGAACCAUCUCCAUCAAUGGAUGACGCGGGAGGGGACAUUCUCCCGUCUCUCGGCCGCGUGCGCCUCGGCGAUCUCGCGGCCGUCGAGGGCCUCGCUUCUGACAGCUACAAGAUAUGCGUAUCGACACUGAUGCAGUCGCUGGCUCAGUACUCGGCAGUCAUCAUCCAGCUGCCCCCGGCCGAUGCUGCCCUCUUAAGGUCUGGUCUGGACUCCGCUCGCCUCUUCUUCCACCAGCGAGUGUAUGAUUCGGUGGGCGACGUUGUCCAUUCAGAUGACGCCCGCGAGUGGAAGACAUCUGGUUACUAUGCAGAUCCUCAAAUGUGGCUGGAAAUGUAUGAUUAUAGGCCUGGUGUUACUGUCAGAGAGCAUGGUGGCGCAAUGGAAUUGUCCCCGUCUGGGCUGCCCGACAUAUUUUCAAUGCUUGGGAAAGUUUGCCGAGAUAUCUUGGAUGCGGUUAGCUUCUCACUGAAUCUCCGUAGUUGUGUGUUUACUGAGAUACUCGACAACAUGCCAUUGAGAAGCCAGGAAGUGUCGUCCUCUGUUCUUUCAGCAUGUUGCCAUUCGAGGCCAUCAUUUGAAGAAGCACAGCAGCAUGGCAUUGCUUCUCCUGAUGACAGUCAAUUGCUCAUGUUUUCUGAGCAGGAGCAACAGAUCGACAAGACUUUGCUUACACUAGUUAAGUCUGAUAGGUCAGGCUUAUAUAUCAAGGACUUGCAUGGACGCUGGAUUCUUGUUGAUGGGGACCUUGGUCCACAUGAUAUUGUUGUAUAUCCUGGCCUUGCGCUUUAUCAGGAAACCUCUGGCUAUGUAAAUCCAGCUGUGCACAAGACAGAGGUUGGAAACUUGCAGGGAUGUAUGUUCGGGCGUUGUUCUUUGGCGUUUAAGCUCACACCGAGAUUUGUUGCUAGGCCUGGUGGUUCAGAGAUGGGAGCUGCUGGUCAUGGUGUUGAUACUCAGUUUCAGGUCCCCGUAACAGUUACUGAGUUCAUGCAAACAGAUCAUUCCGCUGAUCAACUUUUUCCCAAGAACAAUGAAUCAUCAUCCCAGGCAGAGCAGGAUGCAUCACCUAACUCCGCGACAAAGGAAAAAAAGGGAAUUACAAGAACAAAGUCACUCCCUCCUUCCAAAAGACUUCGCCUAGAGGCACAGAGAGUGCUCAAGCAGCGUGUCCAGGAUAUUGCAGACAGGAGAGGCAUCAAACUGAGAUUUUGCAAUCUCAAAGAAUGUGAAAGUCACAUACGAUCAUUGGACAGUCCUUGUGAUAAUAUCCGAACUGAAAUCGGAUGGCCGCAAGGGGUUCCAUUUGUCCAUCCACAUGACCUCCCAAACAAAGCAAAGCUUGGGUUUCUGGAAGCUUAUGAACCGGGAUGGACUGCUUCCCAGCAAGACGAGGAGCCAGUCUCUGUAAAUCUGUAUGUGCUACCAACCCUGGAUACUUUUUGA